UUACUAUAUAUUAGAAAUAAGCUAAAAUCUUGUUUAUUGCCUAUCUAUCUAACGGUGCAUACCAAACAUGGACGAAAAGGUUUAGAAAUAUGAAUUUACGUUCUCUGAAAUUCUAAAACAACUGAGUAAUAGAAUAUACCUAAUUGAGAUGUACAAGUUUCAAUAACCUUGAGUGAGAUAUAAGGCCGCCAUUGAGUCUUUGGGCUUUCAACUCUGAUUAUACUACUAUGGCAGUACCAGCCAUGUCCAGUGAUUAUAGAAUGUGGAGAGAAAUAGGCUUACAGUUGAUUAUUAGGACUGUAACUUGACGAAUUUUUUCUUAGUUAGCCCCUGAUUGACAACAAUUAUUUUCUCACUCUUUAUUCUUCAUAUUCAUUUUCAACUACAAAUUCAUACAAUAAAAAUUUUUGCACAAAAAACCCAAAACUUUGCCCUUCAUUUUACCCACUCAUUCUCCUAAAAAUCACUAUUUGAAACUCUAUUUCCCCAAAUAAUGGUUGUCAAAUAGGAGCUUAGUUGGUUCGUUUGUUAUUCUGGGAACUGUGGGUUUUCUGUUCUUGUUAAAUGGUGCUGUUUUUAUAAACAAUGAUUUGCAAAGAUUCGCAGAGAUGCUAAACUCAUCCACAACAGAUCGAGAUCAACAAACAGCAGAUUCGCUGGCUACUUUCUUUCAUAGACGCUCAUCUCAGUGUCAAUCCACCAGAUCACAACAGUAUUCUCUUUCCAAGGGUGAAGCAGCUGAGACGGAAUCUGUAGAGGAAUAUUAUUUCGACAAGAAGCAGUCAGAAUGUCAAUUUCAUAAACUUGAUUCCUUCUCAACUCUGUCAAUUGGUCAAUCUCCUUAUGAAGUUGCUGCUAUGGAAAGAGCCACCUACUCUUAUAUGCAAAAUAUUGCAUGUCAAGCAGAUUGCCUUGAAACUCAUAAGAUGAAAGGGGAAUAUUGCAUCAAGCCGUCUCUGCUGUAUGGAAAUGCAGAUUACGUUGCUCAUCAAGUUCAAUGGGAUCAUAAUCAGUCAAUUGCUCACAUAUCCCAUCCUUCGUCUGAAUCUUACUUCAGCCAGCUUGUGGUUGCUUACAGUCCAAAUGCUGUUAUUUAUCCUCAGAUGGUGGGGAUCACCACACCUGCAAGAGUUGCUCUACCUCUUGAUUGUAGGGAAAACACGCCCAUUUACGUCAAUGCAAAACAAUACCGAGCCAUCCUCAGGCGUCGACAAAUCCGAGCCAAGCUUGAGGCUCAGAAUAAGCUGGCCAAGUCAAGAAAGCCAUAUCUUCAUGAAUCGCGACAUCUUCAUGCAUUAAAGAGGGCUAGGAGUUCUGGAGGGCGGUUUCUGAACGCAAAGAACACACAACAAUCAAAGCCUUCAUACAAAACAUAUGGUGAAAAUCUCUCUUUAAAACAGUUCAGCAAAGACAUAUCAGAAGCUGAGAUUCAGCACUCGGAAAGCAGCAGUUGGGGUGCUUCGCCUGCAAACUCUGAUUUCUCGAGCAUAUUGAACAAGCACGACAUUUUCCAACCACCUGACGACAGGCUUCAGUUAUUUAUCGAUAAAUGCGCACCAAUCAGCACUGCAACUUGAGUUUGCACUCCGAUGGAAAAUCGGCAGUUCAUCCUUGGCUAUAUCUUACUGCUUUUGUAGAACUUGAAUCAUCUUAUUUGAAUAACAUGGGCUUCAUCCUUGGCAUUGUUAUUUUGGGAUCUGUAAUUGGUUAAGCUUAGAGCUUGCAAAUAAACAGAAAAUCUUAACUGGUUAUUGGUGUGAAAUUCUUGGAUUAUAUAAAUAAUCAUCUUGUUUGUUUCCAUAA